UGUAAUUUGUAAUUCAGUAGUGGUAAGGGUGUGGCAAAAUAGCUUCUAUUGAGCCAAGUACAGAAAGCUAUUCUGAGUUCGUUUCCACCAGUGACUCAGAUACAUGUCCAGUACACUCAAAAACUGUCACGCAGUCUUGACGGUUAUAGCUAUGCAAGUGUCUCACUGGAGGCGGAUGUCGCCUCCGUCGCCCUUAUCAGUCUGUUCUCCGAUCGUAGGGGUUGGACUGUGUUGCCCAUAUCCCUCGUUCUACGCUUUUAGCGUGAUGAAAUGCCUGAUACACAAACGGUAUACGGGCGUAGAGGGUAAGAAUUCACUUCUCCCAGGCUUACCUCAAAGCCUUCACUCCGCACGUAAAAAGUAUUGGCGAGUGUUGGAACAAUCUCUCCAGAAACACGAUCGACAGCUCCUCCACUCUCUGAUUGGAGGGACUUGAUCUUCACCAAAUCCAAUGUCGUCCAUGCUGUUGGCUCCGGCAAUGCAGGCAAAAGCCCAGCUCGCUGUCAAACCCUUCCUAUGCACUCAUAUAUUCAAAUGCUGCGCUUCCUGUCUACCUGGUAAAGCAAUGCCACAUAUCCAGCACCCGGCAGCCGCGUAUAUGACCGAAACUCUCCGGGAUUCGCCGGUUUCUCAGUAGCAGGGGAUUCCAGCCGACGUCUCUGUCGAAUGAGCCUCUGAAGCUUCUGCCAAAUCGACUUGGCGUCAUUGGAUUUGCCGGGUCUUGUGCUCGCUGGUGGCUCACUCUUGUUGCCGCCCAACACAUCAGUUUCCAACUCCUCCAGGGCCUCAUGGUGCAUGCUGAUGAGCUCCUGAGGGGCAGAAGAGGUGACACAUUGGUUCCCUCGGUUUCUUUCUUCUUCUGUUCUGACCAGAAUGCGGACGACGCGCCUGGAGAAGUCAGCGUUUGUCGGUCGCCUUUCCUGCGGCGUCUGUCCUCGGUCCUCAGCCUGUUCUGCCACACGCGAGACGAACGCACCCGGCGCCAGCUGCGCCCCAACGGCAAUGGGUAGAGUUGACUUUGCCGCCUCCAGGAGGUUGAAGCGCGAGCGGGAGGUGGGGUCCCCAUCUGUGCUCGUGGUCCUGGUUGUCGCGGUGUGCAGCGAAGCAGUUCCCGCCGACGCCAUCUCACCAGAUACUGCGUCCUCAGCAAGAUGGGUGUUAUGCUCGAACUCUAACGCGUCCACCAACAUGCCAAAAAGAGAUUGCAGCGUUGACCUUCGGGCCUGGGACAAGAGACACACAGCACCAAAGCGUCUACCGUUUCUACACUCGUGUUGUUUCAAUCCUAUUUACUUGUAUAGCGUAUGAACGCCUUAAAUGCCUCUCCAAGGAGUCAAACUCUCGUUCGACUUUCUCAGAUGUACGGCAGAGACCGGCCUUGACGUUCAUGUACUUGGAAUAACAGCAGAAGGAUCGUCUCAAAUCGCUGUCACGUUGGUGUGCAAACAAAUAUAAGACGAGCUGUCGUAGAGCGAACAAGGCAGCGAACUUUCAAACCUUACGCUUUCAGCUGGUUGAAGGCGUUGCGGAGCUUCUCGCGGUGACCGUCGGAUGCAUUUAGGCGCCUUACUGUGAGUUCCGCGACGUGCAAAACACCACUACGAACUGUAUCGGCUCCGCGCGUCUAGCAACCAACCACCUUACUUGCAACUUCAUUGUAGUCUACCUGUAGAUAUAUGCAACAAGACAGCCAGAAACUGUAUCGACUAUAUAGCUGUCUAAAGGUUCAGAUACCAAUGCGAGGCGGUCUGCGUAUUUAGUCAUCUGAUUGCAGUCAAGAAACGGCGUCAAACCCCGAGAUGCUGAUGCCCUUCCUUACUUUCAUUCGGCCCCAAGAAUCGAUCUCUGUCACGUACGCUUGUCCGUGGUCUUUCAUUAUAACCGCCGCACGAUCGAACGGACCUGCUCAGUACAACAAGCACAGAUGCGGGUCCCUGACGCUUUGACGGGGCUUUGGCUUCUGACACUUGUUCCAGAACCGCCGAAACAUUGUGACGAGCGCUGCGUACACAAGAAAAAGCUGGUCUCCGCUCGUUCCCGUUACUCUUGGUUGCUAACCUUCAUAGAAGUGCAGCGUGUUGAAGUUUAGAGAUGUAAGCAGAAUAUCUCCAUCCUGCAAGCUGCACUCGAUCUAAGUCAACACCACGAGAGGCAGGAGUCAGACUUCGAGGUGGUGGCCUUUGAGUCGUCCUUUCUUCUUCUUUCUUCUUUUCUUGUUUUACGAGGUAAUCGGUGGUGAAACCUGGAGAAUAAGACAUAGCCAUCGCCUAGGAAGAAGAAAUAGAGAGGCAGCAGUCUUGGUGUUUUACCAUAGCGUUUGCCAUAAAACGGGACAUCUCCUGCAUAUCAGAUCCAUCACGCGAGCAUCCUUCGUACGACCGGAACGUUUACCAGCCUGUUGAGCGGUUUCUUUCUGCAUCAGCGCACAUUAGCACCAAACAGAAGAUGUAGCCAAUGGCCAAUGAUUAUGAAUGCUUGAUGGAAUUGAGGCCUCAUUACCGUGAAUGCCACUCGAUUUUUCCAUUUCCGAUGCACCAGCGCGAGUCGGCGCAGCUCCCAGAAACCCUGCAUGCACGAAAGCAAGACAUGACGCAAUCAUCGUCAUGGGUACUUGAUCCUACCACUACGAAAGGAACGGAUAUGCAAAAGGACCCGAUGUACACUGAAUUCAGAGAGGGUGAAGCGACAAUCACGUAUUGCGCAGAUGGCACUUCUGGAAGAUCUGAUCAUCAGCACUUACUCAAGUUGUCUCUCCUGAGCUCAGCUGAGUUCAAGAAGAAGCCAGCCCAACCCCUUCGGAUGAACAAUUCUUUACCCGCGCUCUGAAAGGAUCAGCAAGUGUCUGAAUGCUAACUCCUCUGUGUGCUGUUUUGGUGCUCCUUGCCAUCGUCUCGGAAGGGGAGGCGCCAAAUCCUUGCUCGUCUGCCU